UCCAUGUGGGGAAGUAUAUGUAUAUACAAAUGCAUUAAUGUAUAUAAGAUAUGAGAUGAUAAUAACAAAGAGAUUUCUAACAAGUAACAAUCAAUCUUUUUUAUACAAAGGAAAACAAACUCUAAGAUAACAAAAGCCUCUUUGUUGUGCCUAUCAGAAUCAUAAAUCGCUCUUUCUCUUACCUCUUACCUCUUUGCCCUCUUGGUUCUCCAAAUUACUUUCCACAAAACUCUUUAUUAUAUAUCUAUAAAUAUAUAAAACGUUUCCAUUUCCCUCUUAAAUCUCCGAGUCAAUUAUUCCUUUCCUUUCGCUGAUGAAUGAUACUAAGAUAACGAAAUCAAAGGCAUAGAACUCGACGACAUUGGUUUUUUCCUCCCCAAGUCUCUCCUUCAUUCACCAUUGAAGCAGCCUAAAAAAAAAAGAGUUUAAAAGAAUGAAGAGGACGACGCGGCUUCUCGAUCUAACGGCGGCUAUGGUUCUUCUCCACCUCUACGUGGCUUUUUCUCCGGCGCUCGUUUCUGGCGACCCUGGCCGGCGCGUUAGCAUGACACUGGUCCGAGACGCCGCCGCUCUUGGUGCUUUUUGCUUGGACGGGAGCUUACCGGCGUAUCAUUUAGACAGAGGCUUUGGUGCUGGAUCAAACAAUUGGCUUUUGCAGUUUGAGGGAGGAGGAUGGUGCAAUGAUAUAGCAUCAUGCGUGGAAAGAGCAAGGACCCGUCGAGGCUCCACACGUUAUAUGAGCAAGACCGUCGUCUUCUCCGGAAUCUUAAGCAACAACGCCUCUCAAAAUCCAGAUUUUUACAACUGGAACAAAGUGAGGCUGAGGUAUUGCGACGGAGCUUCAUUCGCGGGAGAUUCACAACAUGGCAACGGGACGUCACUGCUUUAUUUCAGAGGACAGCGAAUAUGGAAUGCCAUAAUUCUUGACCUUCUUCCCAAAGGUUUAGCAAAAGCCCACAAGGCUCUUCUGACCGGUUGUUCAGCUGGUGGUUUGUCUACGUUUUUGCAUUGUGACAAUUUCACGAGCUAUUUGCCCAAGAACGCAAGCGUUAAGUGCAUGAGCGACGCUGGACUCUUCCUUGACGCAAUUGAUGUAGCAGCAAACCGGACAAUGAGAUAUUUUUACAAACAGCUUGUGUCUCUGCAGGGUAUACAGAAAAACCUCGAUCCAAAUUGCACACACGCAUUUUAUCCUGAGCCAUCUCUGUGUUUUUUCCCACAAUACAUAUUACGAUUCAUCGAAACGCCAUUUUUCAUCUUAAAUUCAGCCUACGACGUAUUCCAGUUUCAUCAUGGAUUGGUUCCACCUUCUGCUGAUCGAACCGGGCGUUGGAACCGUUGUAAGCUUAAUGUGACAUCAUGUAAUCCACACCAGCUCGAUGCACUUCAAGGGUUUAGGAAAGAUAUGUUGGGAGCUUUGAUGAAUUUCUUCAGAAAUUCUAGUAGAGGAGGAAUGUUUAUAAACUCAUGCUUCGAUCAUUGUCAAAGUGCUUUAGAGGAGACUUGGCUCUCUCCUACGUCACCUAGAAUCCACAAUAAGACGAUUGCUGAGACGGUAGGAGACUGGUAUUUUGGGAGAGGAGAAGAAGCGAAAGAAAUAGAUUGUCCAUAUCCAUGUGAUAAAACAUGUCAUAAUCUCAUUCCAGCAGCUUCUACAACAGAUUUUUUUGGUAAAUCUUGAUAUUUAGUAACUUUUCAAUUACAGUUUCCUAUAGAAGUCAAUUACAUUUUCUCCAAAAGUUUUACGUAUUUUUUUUUACGCAUUACUUACUUGUAAAGGUUCGAUUAAAUCCCCAAUUGAGUUGUGUAGUUAUAUAUGUUUUUUUGUUUCUCUCUUUUUUGGUUAUUCAAGGCUUCUAAUGCUCCAGGCCAUUACUAUCGCAGUACACAGUUAACUCUUCUUCUUCUUCUUAUCAACUUUUUUGGUUUGUAGUUUAGUAUAAGCUUAGAAUCUUCUUUUGGAGAUGAUUUUGUUAUGUAGCAUCGAAACCAGAAUAAAGAGACCAACUCUCUCAUA